UACGCAGCGCGCUCUCCUACGUCAUCACGGGGCGCCGCCGCCCGAGCCCCUAUUUCGCGGGAGAACUUGUUGGCGCGAAUGGAGCCCGAACCCCGUUAAUGGUUUUCCUCCGCGGUCUGCCUGUCUGACCCCGCGCCCGUCGGCAGCCAUGGAUAUUCGGAAAUUCUUUGGGGUUAUUCCAAGUGGAAAGAAACUUGUUAAUGAGACAGUAAAAAAGAAUGAGAAUACAAAGACUGUUGAAGGAACAUCAAAAUCAAAAAAAGGAACAAAGGAAAUCAAGGUGAAAACUUCCUCCAAAGAAGAUGAUUUAAAAGGAAAGCGUUCAAACAAGAAAAAGAGAGUCAUCUAUGAUUCAGAUUCAGAGCCAGAAGAGACAAUACAGGUAAAAAAUGCUGAAAACCAGUCAGAGAAAUUGCCGAUGUCUUCUAAACCUCAGAAAAUUCUAAAACAGGAUCCUGUUGCAUAUGUUUCAGAAACAGAUGAAGAAGAUGAAUUUAUUUAUAAGAAGACAUCCCUUAAACCAAAAGAAAAUGGAAUAUCUUCAAGUAGUCAUAUUGGAGCAUCAAACGGGAAGAAAGCUAUUGGGAAAAAAACUCAGAUUAAGAAUAAACCUUUGUCACCAAUAAAACUCACACCUACAUCAGUGCUUGAUUACUUUGGAACUGGAAGUGUUCAAAGAUCAGAAAAGAAACUAGUUGCAAGCAAAAGAAGAGAGCCUUCACAAAAUACAGCUGAUUCCAGAUUAAGUGAUGAAGCUAUCGCUGAGCAACUACAAAUUGAAGAGAAUUUAGAGCUUGAGAGACAACUGCAUGAGGAUGAAGAAUUUGCCCGCACUUUGGCAAUGUUGGAUGAAGAGCCUAAGCACAAAAAGGCCCGAAGGAAUUCAGAAGAGAGAGAGACAUUUUCAUCUGACCGAAUUAAUUCAAGUGAAUCAGAAAAGCACAAAGUAAAACCAUCACAUUUUUCACAUGAGAAGAAUUUGAACAAACAGUCUAAAAGUGAAGAUUCAGGAGGUUCUCAAUUACCUUCAAAGUCAUCACCUCACAAAGUACGUGAUAAAAUAGAGGAAGAACCUUCUGCUUUGAAAGUCAGUUCUAAGCUGGCCCUUUUGAAGAAAAGAGAUGAGAGUACUUACCAAAAAAGGGAAUCCACAGAGUCAGGGAAAAAAAAACAUGAAGUUGUAGUAAAAGAAGAGAGACAGUCUCCUAAGAAAAAUAAAAUUUCUCCAUCCAAAACAGAGUCUGUAAGUCCUGAAGAUACUGAAAAGAAACGUACUAAUUACCAGGCUUAUCGAAGCUACCUGAAUCGAGAAGGGCCCAAAGCUCUAGGCUCUAAGGAGAUUCCAAAAGGAGCUGAAAAUUGCCUGGAAGGCCUGACGUUUGUAAUCACCGGAGUCCUAGAAUCCAUUGAACGAGAUGAAGCCAAGUCUCUAAUUGAGCGGUACGGGGGGAAAGUAACUGGAAAUGUCAGCAAAAAAACAAGUUACCUUGUAAUGGGACGUGACAGCGGGCAGUCCAAAAGCGACAAGGCUUCAGCUUUGGGAACAAAAAUUAUUGAUGAAGAUGGCCUAUUGGAUCUCAUUCGAACUCUCCCUGGCAAAAAGUCCAAAUAUGAAAUAGCAUUUGAAGCUGAGGUAAAGAAGGAAAAAUCAAAAUUGGAGAAAACACCACAAAAAGCUGAUCAAGGAAAAAGGAAAACUAGCCCAAAUAAGAAGGAUUCUGAAUCUAAAAAGAACAAAUUAAGUCCUAAAAAAGACAUUUCCAUGAAAUCAGAAACCAAUGAAUUUCGAAAAGGCCUCAACUUCAAGCAGGUGGAUGGGAAGAAGGAAGCUGACCUAAGUCCAGAGAAAUCUGUUGCUGACCAAAGCAAAGACAAAGCUGAGGGUUUGCUUUGGGUGGAUAAAUAUAAGCCCACCUCUCUUAAGACCAUAAUUGGACAGCAAGGUGAACAGAGCUGUGCUAACAAACUCUUACGAUGGCUCCGCAACUGGCACAAGAACAUGUCUGAAGAUAAGAAACAUGUUAAAGCUGGUAAGUUUGGGGGCAAAGACGAUGGCUCCAGUUUUAAAGCAGCCCUGCUCUCAGGUCCCCCGGGGAUUGGCAAGACAACCACGGCUUCCCUGGUGUGUGGGGAAUUGGGGUACAGUUAUGUGGAACUGAAUGCAAGUGACACUCGGAAUAAAAGCAGUUUGAAAGAAAUUGUUGCUGAGUCACUGAAUAACACCAGCAUCAAAGAGUUCUGUUCAGGCUCAGGCACAACUCAUUCGGGAGGCACAAAACACGCUCUGAUCAUGGAUGAAGUAGACGGCAUGGCAGGCUCUGAAGAUCGGGGAGGGAUUCAGGAACUGAUUGGCCUGAUCAAACACACAAAGAUACCCAUUAUUUGUAUGUGUAAUGAUCGAAAUCAUCCAAAAAUUCGCUCCUUAGUGCAUUAUUGCUUUGAUCUUCGAUUUCAGAGGCCUCGAAUUGAACAGAUAAAGGGUGCUAUGAUGUCUGUUGCUUUUAAGGAGGGUUUAAAAAUUCCUCCUCCAGCUAUGAAUGAAAUUAUUCUGGGAGCAAAUCAUGAUAUUCGACAGGUUUUGCACAAUCUUAGCAUGUGGUGUGCAGAAAGUAAAGCCCUAACCUAUGACCAAGCUAAAGCUGAUUCCAGCAGGGCCAAAAAGGAUAUCAAACUGGGUCCAUUUGAUGUUGCCCGGAAAGUAUUUGCUGCUGGAGAAGAGACUGCUCAUAUGACGCUUAUGGAUAAAUCUGAUCUUUUCUUUCACGAUUACUCCAUAGCACCUCUUUUUGUUCAGGAAAACUACUUACAUGUAAAACCUGCUGCUGCAGGAGGGGAUGUGAAAAAACACUUGAUGCUUUUGAGCAGAGCAGCAGACAGUAUAUGUGAUGGUGACUUAGUUGAUAGACAGAUUCGAAAUAAACAAAACUGGAGCCUUCUGCCAACACAGGCCAUUUAUUCCAGUGUUCUUCCUGGGGAGUUGAUGAGAGGUUACAUGACUCAGUUUCCUUCUUUUCCAAGUUGGUUGGGUAAAUUCUCAUCUACAGGCAAACAUGAUCGCAUUGUUCAAGAAUUAGCAUUACACAUGAGUCUUGAAACUCACUCCAGCAAAAGGACUGUCAACCUGGAUUACCUUUCACACAUGCGAGAUGCCCUUGUUCUUCCUUUGACCUUACAUGGGACCGAAGGUGUGCAGAAUGUUGUCGAACUCAUGGAUACCUAUCAUCUCAUGAGAGAAGACUUUGAAAACAUCAUGGAAAUAAGCUCGUGGGGAGGCAAACCGAGUUCCUUUUCUAAAUUGGAUCCCAAGGUCAAGGCAGCCUUCACGCGAAGCUACAAUAAGGAGGUGCACUUGACGCCGUACGCCCUUCAGGGGCCCAAGGCCCCCAGACAGAGCACAGGGCCAUCCCUGGGCCCGGACUAUGGCGACGACCUGAACGAAGACGAAUCCCAGUUGGAGGAGAAGGACCCAGACAGCAUCGAGACCGAUGCCAUGAUCAAGAAAAGGACAAAAUCUUCAAAGAUUUCAAAACCAGAAAAAGAAACGGAGAACAAAAAAGCAAAGGGGAAAAGCUCCAAAAAAUCCUAACUACGUGGAAUUCUCCCCUGUUGCCACCCAUGCUGUAACAACUGAUGAAGGUUGGAGCUUCUGGAGCAAGCCUCGUGUGGUUUGGGAGGGUGGCUGGCGGGUCUGAAGACCAUGGGCACGAUUCGAAGGGUUCAACCUGUUGGUAAACAGUGCUCCUCUUAUAGAGGGAAGUUUGACUGCUUUUUCUUCCGCAAUUACGUCAUCGUGUGUAACAUUCUUCCAAAGUGCAGGCCUUGGGGUGAGGUGUUAGUGGUCAGGUAGUGACCUGCCUAGCUGGAGCAAUAACAGUAACUUGGACAGACUUGGGAGUGGAAUGCCUUUAAUAGCUUUCAUAGGGCCAAUGUCUUUUUUAAAAAACUAGUUACUAUUAUGAUGUGGUGAAAUUUUGUAAAUAGAACAUAAAACCACUACCCAGAUGCGGGUAUUUCCUUUGUAUAUUGUCAGAUAUUUCACACAAAUCUACAAUAAAAUUACUUUUACAUAGUAACUUAAAAA